AAGGCUCAAAAAGGUAUUGGUUUAUGAUAAUGGGAAUGAGGAGGACUUUCUGUAUUGCACACAUGUACUCAUUUCGUUCGUUCCACACACUACUACUCCUGAACUCCUGGUAUUGAUAUUGCCGCUGUAUUGCUGGUGCCGUCUCAUAUCCGUUCGAGACUUGCGCGUGUGCAGUGGCUAGUUUGCGGGCUGCCUUUUCAAGGAAUUUUAUUCAGAUUAAUCAGCGCAUACACAUAUAUACAUUGCUAACCAUGAAUCCGGAAGGGCACUCCAGUGGAACUGUUCGGUACAGUGCGGCUUAUUGGCUGCCGCAGGGCUGUACCAGCGCCACCUCCACAGCCACCUCCACAGCCUCCUUCACAGCCACCACCACCAGCACCACAACCAGCACCACCACCACAGCCACCACCACCAACACCACCACCACCACUUCUACCACUCGAACCACCGGCACCAAGAGCACAAUAAAAAUUAUUUCCAACACCGUUAUUCGUCCAGCAAAAACCGUUGCCACAGGGAAGCAGGAGGGUAUGAUACUGACAUCGGAACAAUAUAGAUUGAUGCAGAAGCGGUCAAUGACUGUGGAGGAAAUGGGUCGGGCAGGUGGCAAGCUGGCCAAGUUCUCAAAAGUACCAGAAUAUCGGCCUUCUGCUCUGAUUGGCCAGGACUCCCGUCACCCCGCCAUACCAUCGUCCAUUACCGUGCGGAAGGUUAUGGGUAAGCGCCCCGCCAUCACCACCGCCAACACCACCGUCCGUACCACCGCCAACACUACCGCCAACACCACCGUCCGUACCACCGCCAACACUACCGCCAACACCACCGUCCGUACCACCGCGAACACCACCGCCAACACCAUCGCCAACACCACCGCCAACAACACCAUUCCAGCCUCGCUUCCCGAGACCAUCGCUACCGUCGAGACCAAAAUUCCGCGCCGCCCUACCGUCGUCCCUGCCAAAGCCGGAGUUCCUGCAACAGUUCCUGCUGUCGUUGCAACGGAUGCUCCUGCCGUCGCUCCUCCUCUGACCGAUGUGCUGCAGGUGAUAACCGAGCUGUCAGCAACAAUUAAUCGCCGCUUCGACGAAUUCGCCGCGGAAUUUGUCGCCCUUAAAAAGGAAGUGAUGGUCACUCGGAAGACCGCCAUGGCUACCGAGCUGGCACUAAACAAAUUACAGAAAAUAGUAUGUGCCGAUCCAGACGGAUACGCGCUUCCGGCGACGGACGGUUUCACGCUGCAGCCCAUACGGUCAGAGGAGGAGCUGAAAAGCAUUGAGCAGAAGUUGACCGACAAGCAACAUGCUAAGAACUGCCUGGCAUGGUUGCAGAACGAGGUGAUGGCAACGGAUCCCACCAAACGGUUGAGGGAGGUGCGGGAUCUUGUUUUCGACAGUGGCUUUAUUUCGCGUUGCCGGUGGUCUAAGCGAAACGGGAAGGUGUCGAUGGCACAUUUUUCGAACGUAUGCGAGCUGUUCCGCAAAGCCGCAGCGACCUGGAAGGCGCCCAUCACCACAGCAUACGUGGUGGAUUUUUUUAAACGCGUGUUGCGGUAUCCUGCCGAAGUCGAAGAAUGA